CGAUGCGCGCGCUUGUCUAAAAAGAAAGAUGGCUGUAUUGCGUCCAAAAUUAUUAAUCAGUUUAACAACUUUUUUUUAAUUGUAUCUGUAAGAAUACCCCAAUAGAAGGGUAAAAUAAAUUUAAAAAAAAAUACAUUUAUUUGUGGUGUCUACAAAAGUGUAUCAACCGGAACUGUGUUAGUGUGUAUGGUGAAAGUUUUCGUGUUAAGAAAUAAGAUAGUGCGUUGUAUUCCACAUACAAAAUAUACGUUUUUGAAUAACCAGCUGAUCGUCCGGUAAACUCUAAUUUCCACCCACAAAUGUAAACGCACGCGGACAAAUCGAUCUGUACACGUUUAGUGACACAGUGAUGUGACGCGCGUGAUGAAGCCACGCAUGGAUGGGCCAGAGUGACGUUACGAGAGAAACAAGAUGGCGGGGGGAAGAUGGCGGACGGGGUGUCGGGCUGUGCUGUGCUCGCUUUUGGUGCACAUUGUCUUUGGUUACGAAGAGACGUUCACAAUAUCACAGCUGUCACCAAAAUCCGCAGCCAAUGAAGAACAAUACCCAGACGUGUUGUUAAAAACAAGUAAUGUAGAAAAACUAGCUUUCAAUUUAGAACCUAGUGCCAAAUAUGAUGACAUCGAAAUGAAACCUCAAGAUUUAUUAACGGACGAGGAAUCUGAAUAUCAUCUAAUAGUAGAAAGAUCUGUUGAACCUAAUAGAGGUACUAGAUCGAUUAACACAGAUGAAAUACAAACAUCGAAUAAUAAUGAAAUCGACAACGAAUUAGAUGUACAUAAGAGGAAAUACAACGAAAUAAUUCCAACGAAAACACUAAGUUAUAUCAGAGAUGAGGAAGCAAUGAUGAUGUCUUCGGGUUUUGGAGAUAAAUUAGAGUUCAGGUUUCCGGGGGAAGGGAAGAGGGCCCCGAAGGGUCGCGCACUAGCGCCUCCGGGGCCCAAAUUUCGACCCACAGUAGUGCAACCUGCGACGUUCGCGACGGUGAAUUAUAACCAAGGUCGUCAGAACACUGAAAUACAAAACAUUAUUACUGGUAUCGUUAAGCUAUUAAACGGAAAUGUAAACGUACAGGCUAAUACACAGUUGCUUAAUGGAAGACCACGACCGAUGGCGUCGAGAAUUAAUAACCGUGGUCCACCACGAAUAUCUGAUGUACCAUCAAUCCCAGAUUUCGAUAAACCAAUCACACCGCCAACACAUUCAUACCAUCCCACAAAAAUUCCACCUCCGUAUCCAUUUGAUAGACCUCCUGGUGUUAAUUUACAAGAUCAAAUUGGUCCUCCUAUGUCUAGUCGACCAGGGUUUCACAGACCUAUGCCGCCUUGGCAAAGAAGGCCGAGACCUCCACCUAACCGCAGACCAAAUCCUGGACUGCCAGUUUACAAACCAACACUAAUACCACCACCAGAAAUAUCAGAUGACAAACAAGAUGAAUUCACCUUUAACGAAAACGAAUCUCAUAUAGAAAACAAUAUUCAUGAUCAUCAUGGUGAUAUAUUGACUUUCAUAACAACUGAGACAAGUACUGAAUUAAAAAAUAUCACAGAUGAUAUAGAAAAAGAAAAUCAGGUAACAACUAUACCCGAAACUUCAACUACCACUAAAACAACUACUAGUACUAGCACUACAACAACUACAGAAACUACAACUUCAACAUCAACCACAACCGAGAAACCAACUGAGAAACCUAAACCUACUCAACCAACAACACAAAAAACCACAACAGAAAAUCCCAAAACUGAGAAACCUGUUAAACCUGAUAAGGAAAAGAAAAAAGAUCAAUUUAACCUAGACAAAGAUAAAUUGAAAGAUAAAUAUAAAACUGAUGAUAAAUCUACAGAGAGGCCGGUUAUAAAUGAAAGUGUAGUAAAUGUGGAGAAUAAUAUGCAGCCAAUAUUAGAACCGUCGGUUGUUGAGACUCCAACUUCAACUAUGGUAUCAACUGCUUCGCCAACACCUACGGAUGGGUUGAUAAGUCAUGCGCCACCCAGCAGUGAAUCUUCCAUUGUACAUAUUGACAUUAAGACCUCGUCGAUAAAUACUCAACCUUUGCCAACAUCACAGGGCAUACCGUACCAGCCGUACCGUCCACGUCCCGGUAUAGUACUGGACGACCCCGACUUCAAACCUCACGGCUCCCGGUACCGGCCACCUGAUGCCCCCGUGAUCACAGCAGCUGAGACCCACUUGCCAGGAUACGGGGAGAUAUUCGAUGUUACGGUCUCGGCUAUACAAGGACCGGGAGAAAAGGGUGGCUCAGUUCACAUAGAAAACAUUAACCUCCACCACACGGACCACGACAUCAUAGUGUCGGCGUCUGGAGACCAGGGCUUCGUCUCCAUUGAUGGCAAGAGGACCUACCUGAACCUCUUCGACACUCCGACUAGCAGCAUCACUCCCACCAAGGUUCAGACAGCUCACCCGACUGCAUCCCCACAUUCAACCCUCGGGCCCUCGCUGGGCACGGGAGUGGCGAUACCGGCAGACGACCUCCCGCUGCCACCACCGCAGCGACAGCCCACCCCACGCCCACUCCCACGCCCGCACUCCCACGCCGGGCAACGGCCGCACACUUACCGGCGACCGCAGCCCACUGUCAGAAUCGAUACAUGCAUCGUCGGAGAUGAUUCAACUUGCGAUCAAGCUCAAAACGAAAAGUGUAGGACCGAAGCAGGAAUCUCCAGCUGCCAAUGUCGUCCCGGAUACGCCAGGAGGGUCCACAGGGACCCCUGCAGAAGGGUUGUGUCUCUGAUUAUGAAUUUGAGGGUCGACAAAAUUUAUGAUAGAAAGGUGGUUUGGGACGCCAAAUUGGCUGACAAAGAAUCGGAUCCAUACCAACAAAUGAGCUAUGAAGCAGUCAGAGCGAUCGACUCAGCAUUCUCGAUGACUCCAUUCUCGGAUGACUUCGUGAGUGGAUCAGUCAACUCGAUCCACAAGGGAGACGAGGACCAUAAAGGCGUUUACGUCAACUAUACUGUUUUGAUGCAAGAAACCCCGGAGACCCUGCGCGCCGCCGUGGCCACGGACAUACAGAAGCACAUCCUGGGAGUCAUCCGGCGGCGGUCCAACAACAUCGGCGCCUCCGCGCUGUGGGUGGACUCCCCCGCGGGCAGCGUGCUCCCACUAGUGGAUUUGGACGAAUGCUCUAACUCUGAGCUGAACGAUUGCCACACGCUCGCUAUUUGCACCAACACUUGGGGUGCUUUUAGGUGCGUGUGCCCGGAUACUACACUAGACACCGCGACUGUCGCACACAGAUCGGGCCGCGACUGUCGCGCAUGCGCCGCUUCGCAUUGCAGCGAACGAGGCGUUUGCCGUUACGCGAACGGACAGCCUUAUUGCACAUGCAGUUCCGGCUACUAUGGAUCUACAUGUGAAAUGGACGGGGAAGUGAUAGGGGUGGCUGUGGGAGCCUCCCUUGCGGCCGCCUUGGUGAUAGCUUUGACCUUAGCUGCGCUGCUGUCUUGGAGUCGCAAAUGGUCCCGCGAGCAGAAGGCGGUGGGCAUGGGGUCGCCUGUGUUCAACUACAUGGCUGCCAACACCAUCAAAACGCCCCCUGUUGGUCAGCCGCCGUACCAGGUAACACUGGAAGAGAGGAUGCGGUGGGCGCAGAUAGCUGAAGCGAUGGUCCAAGCGAACCACUAUGCGCAAGCGGAUCACACCGCCACGAUGGCGACUCGGCCGUCUUCGGCGAUGUUCGGCGGAUACCCCACACUACCACCUGUACCUUUGCCCAGGAUGGGCAUGCACGGCCACCACACGGGCACUUUAAACACUGUGACGUCACGCGCUAACACUGCCGCCUCCCAUCACAACAUGUAUGGGUACACGAAUCACAUGGCGCCGGAGUCCACCAGUUCCGAAGCCUCGAGCCACGUGCAGGAGAGAGCUGACCUGCUGGUGCCCCGACCCAAGUCAAGGGCCAGGAGCAUGCAUAACCAAAACAACAUAUACUACGACGUCGACUAUGAGAAUGCCCCCGAGCCGAUAUACGGGAGCAAAGGGAUUCCGUUAUCCACCUACACCAUCAGCCGUGGACCGCCUUUUUAUAGGCAUUCGUAACAAGAAGAGUGAAGAGGAAAAGAGAGAGAGAUUGAAGAGUGGUAGGACUUCCAUUCGGGAGGAUAGAUCCGAGCACCUCUAACUUUUCGGAGUUAUGUGCAUUUUAAGCGAGGCAACCUGCAUGCAUGAGAGCUCCCCAUAACGUGCUCAAACUCGUGUGAAGUCUACCAACCGCACUUGGCCAGCGUGGUGGACUGCAACCUUACUUGAAAUCGGUCCACUUGAAUCCGACAUAAACACGAGUAAAGUCAUGAUCGAAAGCUAGUAUUCAAUGUAUUUGAUAUUAUAUUUAUGAAAUUUCGGACCAUCUUAAACCCUGCUUUUAUAAUUAUCCCUCAUAAUACUAAGACAGCGACUUUAUAAAUGCAUAAAAGCUUUGCCUACAUUACAUUUUUUUUGUACAUCUUACAGGAGGUUUUUUUUUAAUUUAUCUCGUCUACCUGUAUUAUGGUCCCUCUGGUCUGAAACCCUGUGCAUAGGUCUCCUAUAUUUUCAAAUCAAAGUUACAUUACCCAGUUAUAUCUAAAACAUAUUUGUAUGAAUCAGUGAUAAAAUGCUCAUGAAUCAGGGGGAUGUUUUAGUAAAGUACUGUCAUCACCAUCACCAGCAUUACAAUGGCCCACUGCCCAGGCCUCCUCUCUCGUAGCAGAGAGGGAUUAAGAGCUGAAGCCUUUCACGUCGUUGCGAUUUUGGUAAUUAAUGAAAGUAUAAUAAAAAAUAAUAACGAUGUCUCCUAUCUACAAACUGAGGCACAUCUUGUCACUCUACGUCUAUGUAACAUCCACUUCAUGACGUAGAUAUGCCAAGCGAUAGUGGGAUUUUGU